GACAAAACAGACAACACCACAACUAGGCAGCUCGUUUUUUCCCUGCUCGGUUUGUGGCUGUUUGUCUCAACAAGACGUCAAGCUUUGUACGAGAAUAGACUGCGGGAGUAGAAGAAACACCAGUCGCAAGGGAGUGACGCUUUUCUGUCGCCCAAUCAUCUGGCUGUCGUGGGUCUAACUCCGCCCCUUUAGUACCGUUCUGUACUAUUACCCUGGCACCCCAAGUGAAGGGUAUCGAAACAUGGGACGGUUGGGUCCGGUUUUUUUGGUGCUAUUCCUAGUGGAAGCGCUAAAAAAUACAUAUUGUACAGGACCGAACCAAACCGUUCCACUCGGUGGAAACACAGACCAGCUGUACAGGCUGGUGUCAUCCUUGCCAAUCAGAAUGACCGACACGGCUGUGAAGCAGGUGGUCAGUGACAUAAUUCGCUCCCCUGAGGACAAGCGGGUCUACAGAGGUUUGGAGUUCACCAAUGGCCUUAAGGCCAUGCUCAUCAGUGACCCAACAACAGACAAAUCUUCAGCUGCAUUGGAUGUCCACAUAGGUUCAUUAUCAGACCCAGGGAAUAUCUCUGGUUUGGCACACUUUUGUGAACACAUGCUGUUCUUGGGAACAAAGAAGUAUCCCAAGGAGAAUGAAUACAGCCAGUUCCUCAGUGAGCAUGCAGGUAGCUCCAAUGCCUUUACCAGUGGAGAGCAUACCAACUACUUUUUUGAUGUGUCCCAUGAGCACUUGGAAGGAGCACUAGACAGGUUUGCCCAGUUUUUCCUGUGCCCACUGUUUGAUGAGAGCUGUAAGGAUCGAGAGGUGAAUGCUGUGGACUCUGAACAUGAGAAAAACCUUAUGAAUGAUGCCUGGAGGCUGUUUCAGUUGGAGAAGGCCACUGGCAACCCAAAUCACCCCUUCAGUAAAUUUGGAACAGGUAACAAAUUGACCCUUGAGACCAGACCAUCCAAGGAUGGGAUUGACAUCCGCCAGGAGCUUCUACAAUUUCACUCUACAUAUUAUUCCUCUAACCUCAUGGGAUUGUGUGUGUUAGGUAGAGAAUCAUUAGAUGAUUUGACCUCCAUGGUGGUAAAGUUGUUUGCAGAAGUGGAGAAUAAAAGUGUGCCUGUCCCAGAAUUCCCUGAGCAUCCCUUCCAGGAGGAACACCUCAAGCAAUUCUACAAAGUGGUGCCGAUCAAAGACAUCAGGAACCUCUAUGUGACCUUUCCCAUCCCAGACCUACAGAAGUAUUAUAAGUCUAACCCAGGACAUUAUCUAGGACAUUUGAUUGGCCAUGAAGGACCUGGGAGUUUGCUGUCUGAGCUGAAAUCUAAAGGCUGGGUGAACACGCUUGUUGGGGGACAAAAAGAAGGAGCCAGAGGAUUCAUGUUCUUUAUCAUCAAUGUCGACUUAACUGAGGAGGGCCUCUUGCACGUGGAGGACAUCAUCUUCCACAUGUUCCAAUACAUCCAGAAACUGCGCACUGAGGGGCCUCAGGAGUGGGUGUUUGAUGAAUGCAAGGAUUUAAACAAAGUGGCCUUCAGAUUCAAGGACAAGGAGCGACCUCGUGGUUAUACUUCCAAAGUGGCUGGUUUACUACACUACUACCCACUUGAAGAGGUCCUUGCAGCAGAGUACCUUUUGGAGGACUUCAGACCAGAUCUGAUUGAGAUGGUGCUUGAUAAACUGAGACCAGAAUUUGUCAGAGUUGCAGUUGUGUCAAAGUCAUUUGAAGGGAAAACAGACAAGGCAGAAGAAUGGUAUGGCACACAGUACAAACAGGAGGGGAUCUCUGAAGAAACCAUUAAGAAAUGGCAAGAGGCAGACCUCAAUGGCAAGUUCAAGUUACCCAUGAAAAAUGAGUUCAUCCCAACCAAGUUUGAGAUUUACCCUCUCGAGAAAGACUCUCCCUCAGUUCCGACUUUAAUCAAGGACACUGCUAUGAGCAAGGUGUGGUUCAAGCAGGAUGACAAGUUUUUCCUGCCUAAGGCUUGCCUGAACUUCGAGUUCUUCAGUCGCUACCUAUACACCGAUCCCCUGCACUGCAACAUGACCUACUUGUUACUCAGGUUACUGAAGGAUGAUUUAAAAGAGUAUACAUAUGCAGCCCACCUGACAGGGUUGGUGUAUGGCGUAGCCUCAGGGAUGAAUGCCAUCCUACUGUCUGUUAAAGGUUACAAUGACAAACAGCACAUCCUGCUGAAGAAGAUUAUUGAGAAGAUGGCCACCUUUGAAGUAGAUGAGAAGCGAUUUGACAUCAUCAAGGAAGCGUACAUGAGGUCUUUGAAUAACUUCAGGGCUGAGCAACCUCACCAGCACGCCAUGUACUACCUCCGUCUACUAAUGACUGAGGUUGCUUGGACCAAAGAUGAGCUCAGAGAGGCCCUGGAUGAUGUCACUCUCCCACGUCUCAAAGCCUUCAUACCUCAGCUAUUGUCACGGUUACAUAUCGAAGCACUUCUCCAUGGCAACAUCACCAAGGAGUCUGCUCUUGGCAUGAUGCAAAUGGUGGAGGACAAGCUAAUUGAGUACGCUCACACAAAGCCCCUCCUUCCAAGCCAACUGAUUCGCUACAGAGAGGUGCAGAUUCCAGACGGUGGCUGGUAUGUUUAUCAGCAGAGGAAUGAGGUGCACAACAACUGCGGCAUUGAGAUCUACUACCAGACAGACAUGCAGACCACGCACGACAACAUGCUGCUGGAGCUCUUCUGCCAGAUUAUCUCUGAGCCCUGCUUCAACACGCUGAGAACCAAAGAACAGCUGGGCUACAUUGUGUUCAGCGGGCCACGCCGGGCUAACGGAGUUCAGGGACUGCGCUUUAUCAUCCAGUCAGAGAAAGCACCCCACUACCUGGAGAGCCGCGUGGAGGCUUUCCUCUGCACUAUGGAGACGGCCGUGAAGGAGAUGAGCGACGAAGCGUUCCAGAAACACAUCCAGGCCCUCGCCAUCCGCCGCCUGGACAAGCCGAAGAAACUUUCAGCUGAGUGUGCCAAGUACUGGGGAGAGAUCAUCUCUCAGCAGUAUAACUUUGACAGAGAUAAUAUUGAAGUGGCAUAUCUGAAGACUUUGACGAAAGAAAACGUAAUCGAAUUCUACAAAGAGCGGCUGACAGUCGGAGCCCCAAAGAGACACAAGGUGUCCGUACAUGUCCUCUCCAGAGAGAUGGACUCCUGUCCAGCAGUGGGAGAGUUCCCCGCUCAGAAUGAUGUCAACCUGGCCCCCGCUCCUUCCCUGCCACAGCCCACGGUGGUUCAGGACAUGACUGAGUUUAAGAGGAGUCUGCCUCUGUUCCCGCUGGUCAAACCUCACAUCAACUUCAUGGCUGCAAAACUGUGAGUGAGGCUGACAGGCGGAGACGCUGCAGCGCAGGGAGGCACAGAGGAUGGACACUGCUCCUCAUCCCAACAACACCUCCAAAUCCCCCCCCCCCCCCCCCCCGCAGGAAGACUGCAAUCAGACUGGGCCUGCAUGAAGGCGCGUGUGUGUGUGUGUGUGUGUUUUCUUUUGGCCGGGUGCACGUGAAUGCACAUGUGUAGAUGUAUGGCAGGCUGGAACCACUUCAACAGAUGAAAUCUCAUAGCUAGCCGCAAUGAUAGCGAUAGAGGUCGUCACACCAGACUCACUCGCCUCAUGUUUAAGUCUCUGAGAGGAGACUGGACACCCACACGCUUCACAAUACUCUGUCGGUUGCUGUAGACGAAAUAGAAACAACCUAUAAAACACACACACAAAAAAAGACGAGGGCCAGGUCCCAUUUUUCUUUUAGAGAUAGUGUACUCCAGAAGCUUCACAUAAGGAGGCGUUUUAUUUAAAGAAUUCAGAGAUGAGCCGCUUUAUUGUGAUUGUGCUGAACUGGCUGUAGAGGUCAUGAAGGUCUUUUUUCUUUUUAUUUCUUUGACAUAUAUGUUUGCAGUGUAUGUAAUGAGGCGCCGCAACUCUCCCGAAAAUAUUUUCUUUAAAAAGAUGCACUUGGUCGAUUUCAUUCAAGCUCACGCAUUUCUGAAUUGAGUCACGGUGAUGGUUUUAAUCCUCAGUAUUUGACUCUUUUUUUUUUGUUUGUUUGUUUGUUUUGGAAACUGGUAAAAUGUUGGGAUCCUUUGAAGAGCUGUUUUUUAAAAAAAAAAAAAUCCUGCCUGUGGAUAUAGUUUUUUAUUUUUAAUGCAUUUUACAGUAGUAUGUAAUUCAGACAUCUCAGGGGCGCACACACACACACCUCCAUGCUGGUUUUUUUUUAUUAGUAAAUGAUUAAAAUAUAAAAACACUUCGAUCUGUAAUGCGCAGUAAUUCUUUUGUAGGUAAUACAUGCUACAAAAAUUGACUCUGGAUUAUUUUAAUUUUGUCCCUCAAUCUGUUUUGCUGUACGGAAAACGUCAUCCUCCUCUCAGUCUUGCUGCAGCUUGUGCCUUUUUCUGUGGAGACAUCACAUACUUUGUAUGUGGCUGCACUGAGCCUCUCCCGGUCUGAUCCGGGGCAGAAUCCCUCAAAAGGAAAAAAAAAAAAGAAUGACUAGACUGUGCAGUGGCUCUUAUUAUAGGUUUUAAAAAGGACCUGUUGCAUGUUGGUGUCUGCGGGAGGUUUAGAGAAAACAUCCGGUCUGGUUUUCUCUUUGAAUUUAUGCACGUCUCAAAGCAAUAAACUUCACGAUGUGGACAGUGUGAGGAGGAGGAGGAGGAAGAGGAGUGAGCGGCUGGAUCCACAUAACUGAUGACAGUGUCGUGUAAGCGUGACCUGCUCUCAGGUGCUCACCAGCUCUUUUUCCCUCACUAAACCUAUUCUCAGGUCCAGUUCAUCGCACGCUCACGUGACGCUUUCACAGAUUUCAAAGGUUCUUCAAUGUUUUCCAGCAUUUUACUGAGUCCAAUUAAAACCUUAGUUUUUAAUUGAUUUUAUUUGACAAAGUUAGACCCCUUUCAUUAGGAAGUGCAACUGUGUUCAAAAAAUGAAAAAAAAAAAAAACAACCAGCAGUGUCAUGCUGCAGGUUUUCAUCCAUGUGUGUGUGUGAACAAUGACAAAGCAUUUUCCACACACUGUUCAGAAGGAACUAGCAUCUUUACAUAUCAGGCUUGUUUUGGCCGUGCACUGUUAACCUUGUGAAGUACCAAGUGUUUGGUUUAUAUUAAGGAAAUCAGAUGUGUGUUUUUUUUAAUUAUAUUACUUCUGCAUGUCAACACAGGACUGUGAUUGGCUGGCUGAUUUCAUGGGUCGAUGAUGCGGGAUGUGUUUGACUUUUGUUUCGUUAUGCAUUUAUUAUUAAUAAACAACUAAAUGGA